AACGCAACGCGACGACAAGGAGCACAAGCGAAAACGGCCUGUUGGAUAGGUUUAGCAGCUCCUUGAGCGGCACUCACUUACCCUUACUUGACUUAACUUCGAUAUUGAUUUGAUGCUGAGAUGGAAAUUAUACGAUCUAGUGGCGUUUAUACAUUGCGGUUGUUUUCAUUUUCCCUUUCUGGUUUGUUGUCCUUAGUGCCCGAUUGCUUGCCCUGCAUUUUUGCAUUUGUCUAUGGGGAUAACUGCUCAAUGAAAGACUACAGUAGCCUCUGCCUGCAGAGUCUUGUACGAUAGUUUAUUAGACGAAUGAAUGUUCUUGCUUGUUUAAUCUUUUGAUGC